AAUUUGAAGUUUUGAAUUUCGUUUCCGUCUUCUCUCUCUCUCAUCAUAUUCAAUCUCUCACUCUCUCUCUAUCUGCUUGAAUUUCUUCAGAAAAAAUGGGUUGCUGCCUCAGCAAAAAGACUUCUCCAUCGUCUUCUUCACCGAGCGGAGUAUCCCCAGAUCCGAACAAAUCGGCCAUUGAUAAUAAACCUCCGAAAGCAGAGACUGAAGCAGAGGAGGCGAAGGUGGAAGUAGAAGAAUCAAGACCCAAGAACGAGGCAGAGAUACAAGAGAACAGCAACAACCAGAGGAAAGAAGUGUUCGUUAUCAAACAUAGAAGGAGCCAUGAGCGAUCCAAGACGACGACAGAUCCGGAGGAUUCAACUGCCUCGGAGGAGAAAUCAACGGGAACAAAUCAGACUCCAGCGGAGGUAGACGCUAUACUGAUUCAAUGCGGGAGACUAAGCCGGAGCAACUCAGCCGCCGCCGCGAAAACCAGGAGAUACUCUGGAUCCAAGAGGAGCUUCGAUUUCGACAAGAACGGAGGAGACGCCGCUGCCGACGAAGCCGAUGCGGAAGACGGAGGAGAAGAAGAAGAAGCUGAGCGGCGGAUCCAUCGGCAGCGACAACGCGGCGGCGGCGGCGGAGAGUCGCCUCGGGAACGGAGGAGACGAACUCCGAGCAGAGAGAGGGAAGAUUCGAAGAGCUAUCGAUCGGGAAGUAGGGAGAGAGGGAGUGGUGGUGGUAGUAGAAGAGUAAGCAGAUCUCCGGGGAGACGAUCGGAGACAAACCCUAAUUCAUGCGCCGGGAGUGGCAGUUCCGUAAAUUCGAGUAACAAUAAUAGACCUGCAAAGUUCGUCUCGGUUCCUGCUACGGAGAAGAGCAACAACAACAACAACAUAGAGGCGUCUAUCAAACGGGUUAUUGUCAAGAGAAACGUGGCGUCUCCCAGGUCACAGUCGCCGGCGAGAGCCGCCUCUCCUAGAGCUCAGUCUCCGGCAAGAGCGGCGGUUAACGCUAGCAGCAACGCUCAGCCUUCGCCGUCGAAGCUGAGGAGGAAAACGGAACAUUCUCCCUACAGGAGGAACCCAUUGGGAGAGAUUGAUCCAAACUCUUUGGCGUAUCCACAACCUCCUCAUGGUAACACUAACUGCAACAAGAAGAUGAUUAAUGAAUCUGCCAAUCUCGAGGGUCAGAAGGUGAAUGCUAAAACUACAAUCCGCAGAAGCGCAAGCCCGAGUCGUGUCACCAAGGAGCAGCAAGAGGCAGUGGAAGAGUGUAAGAUAGUGGUGGUGUCAGGAACUGAAAUCCCUAAGCCGCCUCUAAUUAUGAGCAGGAGCAGAUCAUUGAGGAAGUCACGUGAUUUCGAUUUCAGUCCUGAAGCAUUGCUCUCUAACAACAUCGACAACAAUGCACCAGCAUCUUACGCAGCUUUGCUUUUAGAAGACAUUCAAAACUUCCAUCAGAAGAGUGUCAAUGUCAAUGCCAUAAGCUCAUCUGUGUCAAAAGCCUGCGCAGUCUCAGACCUUAACUCCACUACGAACAAACACCAGAGAACCGAGGUCAACAGUUUCGCAUCAGCAGCAGUGAAGAAAGCGGAUCUAAUGGAGCCGAGCUUUGAGAAGUACGUGACUGUUAAGAGAGGUGGUUCUUCGAUGGAGGACAUGGAGGAGCAAGAAUCAUCCGGAAGCAACAGUGUCACGGGAAGUAGCUGUGUGGUGCAACGUAAAGGGGGUUACUCAGCGUCCUCUUCGUGGGAACCGAACUCAGCUGAAUCGACGGAUCGAAUGAGUGGGAGAUCAUCAAGCAACAAAGAACGUGAUCGGAGUCCAUUUGGUGUGCAAGAGUUUGAUCCGUUGAAGAAGAAUGGUGUUGGAGCUGCUGGAGGCAAAAGAGUGGCGACAACAACUCGUGUUGCUACAGUUUCGGUGUAAUAGUUGAUUGUUGUUGUGUAUCUACUUUUUUUAAUAUGGUUGCAGAGUAGUAGCAACCUCUGUUUCGUUUCUUUUGCAACCAUUUUGGUCAUUUUCAAUAAUUUGGGUGUUUCUUCGA